AUGUCUGCCCUUCGAGAAGUAUCCAAUCUGACGAACCAGGCAUCUAUAGACGUGAAGCAGCGACAGGCAAAUCGUCUUAUAUCCACAAGCAUCCUUAAUCUAGGAACCUAUCGCAGUCUACAGCGCUCUGGAGCGCCACUCCGCGUAUGCCCAUCGCGUACACACCUCCAUGCGUCGGAUAGUAACUCAACCGCCGAGCCCACACAGUCGGUGGCGUCGCCUCCGUCUCUUGUUCAUUUCAGCGCUGAUGCGCGCCAUGCGCGGGAACCAAUUUACUGCACUGAGUUGAUCGACGAUAUCACAGAAAUGUUUCUGGAUCGCGAGCGACAGGCCGUGCGCCGUUUUAACGAGGGCACCACCGCUCAAGUGAGUAAUGCGAGCCAACUGUAUGCGUACUACGCGUCACCGCACUGUCUGCAGUACCAGCCGGAGGUCAAUGAGAAGAUGCGUAUGAUUCUCAUUGACUGGCUGAUUGAUGUGCACCUUAAGUUCAAGCUGCACCCUGAGACGAUGUUUCUGGCAGUUAAUCUGAUCGAUCGUUACCUGUCUUGCAUCAACACAAAGUACAACGCAUUGUCAUACGUACCACGUUCCCAACUACAGCUUGUGGGUGUGUGUGCAAUGCUGUUGGCAGCAAAAUACGAGGAGAUAUGGCCUCCGGAGCUGAAGGAGUGUGUCCAUAUCAGCGCCAACACCUACACGCGAGAGGAGAUCAUUAAGAUGGAGCGCAACAUUUGCGCGGCGCUCUCGUUCCGUCUAACCGUUCCCACACCCUAUCCGUUUGCAUCGCGUCUGCUGACUUUGCUGAAAGAGGAGGAUUUUCUGGGCCUCAAUUCUGACGAGGAGACGCGGCAGCAGCAAUUCAACUUGCUUCGCCACACCACAGGAUUCUUUCUGGAGCACGCGCUUCUGGACUACAAGUGUCUGCAGUUCACUCCGUCACAGAUCGGCAACGCGGCUGUAUUUCUGGCAUUAGUCACGCUGCACAUGAAAUACAGUGCGGACGUGAAAAGCAGCAGUGGCGGCGGCAGGCGUUUAUGGAGCCUGGCAUUGCAGGACUACACCAAGUCAGAGUUGAGCGACUUUUCCGGUUGCGCGGAGGUAAUACUCGAUUUUGUGAGUUACGUGCCCACCACAAAGUAUCAGGCGGUGCGGCGGAAGUACAACAGCACCCGUCAUGGUGAGGUCUCAAAGCUUAUGAUGCCCAAUCAACUUCCUACUCAAUGA